AUGAAGCUUCUCGCCCGACUGCCGGUCCUCAGGUCUUUUAGUGUCCCUGGAGUGCCAUACAGAAUCAAGAGCUCCAGCGGAGUGGCAUCUCUGGAUUCCGCAGACUUCGAAGCCCUCUCCAGGGACGUGCCUGAGCAUUUUAAUUUUGCAGGUGACGUGCUGGAUAAAUGGAGUCAAAGAGAAAAGGACGGAAAGAGAGCCCCCAAUCCAGCACUGUGGUGGGUUAGUGAGAGAGGAGAGGAGGUUCAGUGGAGCUUUGAGGAGCUGGGACUCUUGUCCAGGAAGGCUGCCAACGUGCUCUCCAGCGUCUGUGAUCUACACAAAGGAGACAGAGUCAUCGUCAUCCUGCCACGGAUACCAGAGUGGUGGGCUGUAACCGUGGGCUGCAUGAGAGCCGGCAUAGUCUUUGCUCCUGCUACAGUCCUGUUGACUGCUAAAGACAUCCUGUACAGGCUCCAAGCCUCCAAAGCCAAAAGCAUCAUAACCAACAAUGCCUUAGCGCCAUUAGUAGAUUCCGUUGCGUCCGACUGCCACUUCCUGAAAAGCCGGAUCCUGGUCUCCGAAGACAGGAGGGAAGGAUGGAUGUCUUUCCACGACCUGCUCAGAGCUGCAUCUGACAAGCACCAGCCAGUCAAAACUAGGAGCCAGGACCCAAUGACCAUCUACUUCACCAGUGGCACCACAGGCUACCCCAAAAUGGUGGAACAUUCGUGUUGCAGUCUUGGCCUGGGGCUGGUACCAGCUGGAAGGUACUGGAUGGGCCUGAAUCCUGAGAGUAUGAUAUGGGGUCUGUCUGAUACCGGCUGGAUCAAGUUUAUCUUUGGCAGUGUGUUUGCUCCUUGGACUCAAGGGGCCUGCGUCUUUGCUCACGGCAAGCUGCAGUUUGAGCCAACAACCGUUCUAAAAGUAAGAAUAUCCUCAUCUUCUCUGACGACUUUCAGUAGAAGCCCGGGAGCAAGUGUUAUUUAUGUGUUAUCCCAUCUUUCCAGCUACCACUUCAAGAGUCUGAAGAUCUGUUUAAGUGGUGGGGAGCCAAUAAACCCUGAAACGAUGGAACACUGGAAGGCCCAGACAGGACUGGAGAUCCAGGAAGGCUAUGGGCAGACUGAGACUACCAUGCUAUGUGCGACGUUGACAGGGAUGCAAGUCAAGCCAGGUUUCAUGGGAAAGCCAUGCGCACCCUUCGAUGUCCAGGUGAUCAAUGAACACGGGAAUCCCCUGCCUCCUGGGGAGGAAGGAGACAUUGCUGUCAGGAUCAAACCUAAGAGGCCAUUGGGUCUCUUCACCAACUAUGUGGAUGAUCCAGAGAAAACAGCCUCAACAGAGCGUGGGGACUUCUACAUCACUGGGGACAGAGGACUUGCGGACGAAGAUGGAUAUAUCCAUUUUAUUGCACGAGCUGAUGACGUUAUCUUAUCUUCUGGGUACGUUGUGAAGGCAUUUAUCAUCCUGACUCCUGCCUAUCAGUCACACAAUACGGAGAAAUUAAUUCUGGAACUGCAGGAGCAUGUCAGGAAAGUUACCGCUCCAUACAAAUAUCCCCGGAAGGUAGAGUUUGUUCAACAGCUACCUAAGACCAUCUCUGGCAAAACCCAAAGGAAGCUGCUGAGGAAGAAAGAGUGGGGAGAGGCCUAA